AUGUGUCCACGCGACCAUACAUUUAAGACACCUAUGUGCAAGAAAUACUGCGAAUACGGUUAUGGGAAACGCUAUAACCGCGACAAGUUCUUUGCGAAGGGUGCGUAUAUGCUUCCACAAAAUGAAGCUCUCAUACAAAGUCAGAUUAUGAGAAAAGGACCAGUACAAGCGGCAUUUGUCGUCUAUGAAGAUUUUAGCUCCUACAAAAGUGGUAUCUAUGUGGUGAGCAGAUAUUUGACAUUCUAUGUCCAUCCUACUGUCCCAGAAACUAGAUGCUCUCUCCAGCCAACAUUGUAA